UGACCACAACGGACACCUACACUAAUUGUAGAGGUGAUGAAAACACGUUAUUGAGACGCAGUGAGUGAAAUUAACCUUUUUAAAACAUUUAACACAAGAAGAAGCGCAACUGGAACGUUUAAAUUUGAAGUUGAGCAGGUGAUUUAGCACAGCGGCUAAAAGUUUUGAAGGAGUUAUUGCGUCCCCUAGCAACCAACGGCACAGCACAGACAGAGGUUUGGUCAAAUAGUUUUCACAAAUGUCGACAAUAUGAGUUCGACGAAGAAGAAGGAAAAACGUCCUGAAGGAGUGACAGCAUUCUUACUACAAAACUCACUACAGAAAGGACCGCUGUAUAGUGAAGACGAGCCAUGGAUGGAAAACUAUCCGUUUUCACUGGGUCUCCCACGGAGACAAAAACCUCAGGACAAUACAGCCGUGGAGAGACAUGUGCUGACAAACUGGUCAGGAAGCCCUAGUAUGUGUCACAGCAGAGGCCAAAGCAGAAAGGCAGUGCAGUUUCCCAGUGCAGUGCUACUGAAGCAGAAGAAUUUCCGCAGAAAUGUGGUUAAAUUCAUCUGUCAGCAGAAGGAGGAGGAGCAGGAGGACAACAGCGACUCAGCGUGUGGCUUUUCAGAUUUAACUGCACAAAGUGACCGUGAAAUGAAAUAUAAGUACUACAUUGAGCACGGCAUAGACUUGAAGAAUGUGGCUCCUCUGGAGGUUUCUUGGCAGGAGAACAUUCUGGGAAGGCUCCCCUCCCACCUGAGGAGCCUGAACACACCACUGGAGCUGCUAAUCAAUGAGAUCCACAACGACUACAUGCUCAGUGUCAAGACCGCUAUCUUGAAAUACACAUUCAGGGAUCCGGGAGAAAGUAACAAGGACAGAGAACAAGAUUUGCCCCCUCACAGACUCGAAUUGGCAGUGUUCCCAAAACCGUGGAACCAAGAUUUUGUCUACGCACAAAAGAAGAUUAGAGCUAAUCUUCACUCUAUUAAUCCCACUAUGCUGCAAAUGCUAUACCUUUGGCAUGCCUCUUACAAAAAUAUGCGUCUGAUAGAUGUGCAGGAGUUCCACAGCAGAGAGGAAUCCAUGGAGCUGUCUGUGUUCCAGAAAACUGUCACUAGACACGUGGAAAAUGCCAAAAGAAUCCUGCUAAAAGAUUGGAUUUCCGAAGUGCUAAACCUUUACUGCCAGGGUUCCAGACGCAAGCUGGUGCCUCCUUUAAGUAAUGUGGCCAAGUUGUCGUCUUUCUUCAACUGUGCAGCUACACUGAUGACCUCCAUGCUGCAGAGCCUUGGAUUGGACUCAUUAAGAGCCUACACAAAUCUAAUUUGCCCCGACCAGCGGUUAGGGCAAGUCGAUCCACACCCAGUCUUUGUGCUGCAUCUGAUCCUGGAGGACACGCAGAUUAGGUUUGAGCCUGACUUAAAACAGUACGAGGAGGCUGUCAUUAACGCCUUUGAGAUAAUGCUCAGGUCCAUUUGCGUGGUGCCUCGUGUGGAAAGCUUACUGUACCCCGAGGAGCCACACUUCCAGGGUGGGAAAACCCUCAAUCCCAUCAUCCUGCCAGAGAUCCUUGAGGCCCAGCAGGAGGAAGUGCGUCAGGUGUUCUGGGCCGAGUGUGUCAGGCCAAAGGAGUAUGUUCACGAAUAUGUCGCACAAUAUGCCACUCUGGUAUCCAGGCAGGCAGAGAAAGAUGUGGAGCAGUUCCUCAGUGAGCAGCACUCCUUCCAGGAAAUGAAGCAGGAGGUGGUACACUACAAGCAGCUUGCUGACCAGAUCCAGUACACUUCACAAGAGGUCGCACGUCUGGGCAUGUUUGAGGUCCACUCUCAUAAGGUCAUCCGCUCUUUGGUCAAGCAUGCUCAGGAGCUACAGCAGAGACUGACCACACGGAUGCUACAAAACCAUCAGGAAAUCAACAAAAAGCUUUGUAAUGAAUUUGAGAAGAUUGCAGAGACGGCACUGAGCACCCCAUGUGACACACACAAACUGAUGGACCUUAAGGCCUACAUCAACAAGGUGAAGACCACAGAGAUGCCUUUGUUGCAACAAAGGUUGACCGACUCCAUCACACAACUGUGCUUCCUGUUGGACUAUGCCACUCUCUCGCCACUGCACAUGAGGCUCAACAGACAGACUGUCCAGUGGUUCAAGCGCAUGCCGUCCAUAUUCAACCAACACCAACAGAUCAUUACUGAAAAGGCAGAGCAAUUCCAGAUUUCCCUCAAGGUGUUUCGUGAGCACUUUCUGGAAGAACUGCAGAGCUAUAGUGCACAGGUGGAGGAGUUUAACACCUUUGGUGAACUCACAGAUUUGAGCAAGUACUUGAAGAAAGCCCAGAAUCUUAAAGCCAAACUGGAGGUUGCCAUGGAAAAGAUGAAUGUGAUAAACCUGGAGGAGGAGGCCUACGGUUGGUCCGUCUCCCAGUAUCCACAGCACAAGAAGAUCCAGGAUGAUCUUACACCUUUCCUGCGCCUCUAUGAGACCAGCACUGAAUUCUUGAAUCAGUAUGAGAAGUGGCUCCAAGGGCCACUCUCUGAUGUGAACCCAGACAAGGUAGAAGAGGACGUUAGCAAUUACUGGCGCACUCUUUACAAGCUGGAGAAAGGCUUCUCUGAAGUUCCCAAUGCCUUAAACAUUGUCACAACUAUAAAGGCAAAUGUAGAUGAUUUUAAGGAGCAUAUUCCAAUGGUGCAGGUUUUGUGCAACCCUGGUUUGUGCGACCGCCACUGGGAUGCCAUGUCUCAGAUCGCUGGCACACCAUUAAAGUCGGCUAAUGCCUGUGUGGCUCACUUUCUAUCCAUGCAUCUGGAGCAGCACUUGAGGAGCUUUGAAAGCAUCAGUGAGGCCGCUGGCAAGGAGUACUCCCUGGAGAAGGCCAUGGAGAAAAUGGCCAGUGAGUGGAGUGACACAGAGUUUAGCCUGCUGACCUACAGAGAGACGGGCACAUCUAUCCUGUCAUCUGUGGAUGAAGUCCAGAUGCUUUUGGACGAUCACAUAGUCAAGACACAAACUAUGAAGGGCUCACCCUUCAUUAAGCCUUUUGAGGUGGAGAUACGGGAAUGGGAAGACAAGUUGCUGCUGCUCCAAGAGAUCCUGGAUGAAUGGUUAAAGGUGCAGUCCACUUGGCUUUACCUUGAGCCCAUAUUCAGCUCUCCAGACAUCAUGACCCAAAUGCCUGAAGAAGGACGCCAUUUCACAGCUGUUGACAAGACCUGGAGGGACACCAUGAAACAGGUUUCCAUGGAUAAGCAUGUGAUGAGAGUGAUAGCCAUCGAAAAGCUGCUGGAGAAGCUGAAGAUGUCCAACAAUCUUCUGGACAAGAUCCUAAAAGGUCUCAAUACCUACCUGGAGAAGAAGCGUCUCUAUUUUCCUCGGUUCUUCUUCCUGUCCAAUGAGGAGCUGCUAGAAAUUCUGUCCGAGACCAAAGACCCCACAAGGGUGCAACACCAUCUAAAGAAGUGCUUUGAAGGCAUCGCUAGUGUGGUCUUCACUGAUGUGCUGGACAUCACUCACAUGAAGAGCAGUGAGGGCGAAGUGGUGCAGCUGUUGGAUGUAAUUUCCACCUCCAAAGCCAGGGGCCAGGUGGAGAAGUGGCUUCUGGAGCUAGAGAAUGGCAUGGCUGCUUCAUUGCAUAAGGUAAUUGGUGAUGCGAUCCAAGCAUACCCUGAGGAGUUGAGGAUCAACUGGGUGCGUGCUUGGCCAGGCCAGACGGUGCUGUGUGUGUCACAGGUCUACUGGACCAAGCAUAUACAUGAAGCCAUCACGUCAGGACAGAAGGCCCUGGAAGCCUACCUGGAGCAGAACAACAGACAGAUUGAAGACAUUGUGGCACUUGUACGUGGCAAGCUGUCUAAGCAGAACCGAGUGACUCUUGGAGCCCUUGUUGUUCUAGACGUCCACGCCAGGGAUGUGCUGGCUGUGCUGGUGCAAAAGAGAAUAAGUGAUGAGAAUGACUUUGAGUGGCUCAGCCAACUACGCUACUAUUGGGUGGAAAACCACCUCCAGAUUAAGAUGAUCAAUGCCAGUUUGCCCUAUGGUUACGAGUACCUUGGCAACACACCACGUCUGGUUAUAACCCCUCUCACUGACCGCUGUUACCGCACAUUGUUUGGUGCCCUCCAGCUUCAUCUGGGAGGGGCACCGGAAGGACCCGCUGGUACAGGAAAAACCGAGACAACCAAGGACUUGGCUAAAGCUGUGGCCAAGCAAUGUGUGGUCUUCAACUGCUCUGAUGGCUUGGACUACAUUGCUCUAGGCAAAUUCUUCAAAGGCCUGCUGUCCUGCGGGGCUUGGGCCUGCUUUGAUGAGUUUAACCGCAUUGACUUGGAGGUUCUGUCUGUCGUGGCUCAACAGAUUCUCACCAUACAGAGAGGAAUUGCUGCCGAUACUAAGAUACUGACUUUUGAAGGAACAGAUCUAAAACUGGACCCCUCCUGUGCUGUGUUCAUUACCAUGAACCCUGGCUACGCUGGACGCUCUGAGCUACCAGACAACCUCAAGGCUCUGUUCAGGACCGUGGCUAUGAUGGUACCGGACUAUGCAAUGAUCGCGGAGAUCAUGCUCUACUCGUGUGGCUUUGUGAAUGCACGGCCUCUGUCUGUGAAAAUUGUUGCUACCUAUCGACUCUGUUCGGAGCAGCUGUCCUCGCAGCAUCACUAUGAUUAUGGGAUGAGAGCUGUCAAGUCUGUGCUGACGGCUGCCGGAAACCUGAAGCUCACUUUUCCAGAGGAGAAUGAAGACACACUUUUGCUGAGAUCCAUCAUCGAUGUCAAUCUGCCCAAGUUUUUGGCCCAGGAUCUGAAGCUAUUUGAGGGUAUCAUCUCUGACCUCUUCCCUGGAGUCAAACUCCCAAAGCGGGACUACCACGUCCUGCUGGAGGCCAUUGAAGAAAACUGCCAACGUAUGAACCUGCAAGUCACUGAUUUCUUUGUGGAGAAGAUCCUGCAGAUAUAUGAGAUGAUGAUAGUGAGGCACGGCUUCAUGCUGGUGGGUGAGCCCUAUGGAGGAAAGACCAGCGCUUACCGUGUGCUUGCGGCUGCUCUUCAUGAUGUCAGUAAAAAGGGACUCAUGGAUGAGAACCAGGUCCAGAUCACAGUUAUUAAUCCCAAAUCCGUCACCAUGGGCCAGCUUUACGGCCAAUUUGACCCAGUCUCUCACGAAUGGUCCGAUGGCAUCCUGGCUGUUAGCUACAGAAACUUUGCUGCCUCCCAGAGCCCUGACCGUAAAUGGCUCGUCUUUGACGGCCCAGUGGAUGCUGUGUGGAUUGAGAACAUGAACACAGUGCUCGAUGACAACAAGAAGCUGUGUCUGAUGAGUGGUGAGAUCAUCCAGAUGUCGCCGCAAAUGAGCCUCAUCUUUGAGCCCAUGGACCUGGAGGUGGCUUCACCAGCUACGGUCUCUCGCUGUGGCAUGAUCUACAUGGAGCCACAUAUACUUGGUUGGCAGCCCCUUAUGCUGUCCUGGCUCAAUACCCUGCCAAUCAAUGCCGCACACAAAGACCUCAUCAGUGCCCUUUUCAGCCGUGUGUUGCCAGCCUGCAUACAGCUCAUUCGAAAGGCCACCAAGGAACUGUCCCCGACUUCUGACACCAGUCUUGUUAAGUCUCUAAUGAAUCUGAUGGACUGCAUGAUGGAUGAGUUUCACAAUGAAGAAAAGAUAAAGAGCAUGAAGGAGGAAGAUGUUCGCUCCUGGUUGGAGGGCAUUUUUGUGUUCUGCCUGGUGUGGUCACUCGGUGCCAGCUGUGAUGAUUCUGGCCGCGUGAAGUUUGACGCUGUGGUCAGGGAAAUUCUGAGUGGUCCUUUCAGUGAUGAGACGGUGGCCCGCCACGGCAUUCAGAUCACUGUGGAGGCUCCACCUAAACCGCUGAGUGUACCUCUGCCCACUGAGGGAACACUUUACCAGUAUCGCUUCAUUAAAGAGGGACGGGGCAGGUGGGAGCUGUGGACAGAUGAGCUAAAGAUCGCCCCCCCUCUAUGCAAAGAUGUGCAGUUCAAUGAGAUCAUUGUACCCACUGAGAACACAAUCCGCUACAUGGCUCUGAUGCAGCUCCUCGUCACCCACCACAAGCCCACAAUUUUCAUCGGCCCCACUGGUACUGGCAAGAGUGUCUACAUUACAGACUUCCUAUUGAACCGGCUGCAGAAGGAUGUGUACAGCCCUUUAUUCAUCAACUUUUCAGCCCAGACUACAGCUGCCCAGACCCAAAACAUUUUUAUGUCCAAGCUGGAUAAGCGACGCAAGGGAUUGUUCGGCCCUCCAUCGGGGAAGAAAAUGGUGGUAUUUGUGGAUGAUGUGAACAUGCCAGCCAGGGAGGUCUAUGGUGCCCAGCCGCCUGUGGAGCUGCUGCGACAGUGGCUGGAUCAUGGGAACUGGUAUGACAUGAAGGACUGUUCCAUGAUCAACCUUGUGGACACCCAGAUCAUAUGUGCCAUGGGACCACCUGGUGGAGGGCGGAACCCUGUCACACCACGUUUUCUGCGCCACUUCAACAUGAUUACCAUUAAUACUUUUGAUGAGAAGACGAUGUAUACGAUUUUCUCCAGGAUAGUAGACUGGCAUUUUACUAUACGGUUUGCUUUCCUUGAGCCAUGUGCAGCAUUGACCUCUCAAAUCGUUAAUAGCACCAUGUCUGUGUAUAAAGAAGCCACCAAGAACCUGCUACCAACUCCCGCAAAGUCUCAUUAUCUGUUCAAUCUGCGUGACGUCUCACGGGUCAUCCAGGGCAUCUGCCUCUCACGUCCAGAGACUGCAGAUGAACCGGGUGUCCUCAAACGGCUGUGGGUGCACGAGGUCCUGAGGGUGUACUAUGAUCGAUUAGUCCAUGACAAAGAUCGCUCCUGGCUUGUAAGCCAUUUACAGGUUGUUUGUGAGACUCACUUGAAGGAAUACUUCCAUCAGCUCUUCCAACAUCUCGACCAGGACCAGGAUGGACAAGUCACAGAGGACGACCUGCGCAGCCUUAUGUUUUGUGACUUUCACGACCCUAAGGGCGAGGACCGCAACUACCGUGAAGUGCACGACCUGGACUCACUGCGACAGGUGGUUGACUCGCACCUGGAGGAAUUUAACAACAUUAGCAAGGCGCCUAUGAAUCUGGUGCUUUUUCGCUUCGCCAUUGAGCAUGUGUGCCGCAUUUCCCGCAUCCUGAAGCAGCCGGGUGGACACGCCCUGCUGGUGGGUGUGGGAGGGAGUGGGCGUCAGUCUCUCACCCGCUUGGCUGCUUACAUGGCAGAAGCAGAGCUAUUCCAAGUGGAGAUCUCCAAGACAUAUGGAGUGGCUGAAUGGCAUGAUGACCUGAAGCUUAUCAUGAAGAAGUCCACACUGGGUGAAGCCCAUGGUGUUUUCCUUUUUACAGACACACAAAUCAAAAUUGAGUCAUUUCUGGAGGACAUUGGCAACUUGCUCAACACUGGUGAGGUGCCUAACCUGUUUGCAGUUGAUGAGAAGCAAGAAAUCUGUGAACGAAUGCGUGUGCUAGACAGGCAGCGUGACCGGGACAAGCAGACGGACGGCAGCUCAUUGUCUCUUUUCAACAUGUUUGUCGAGCGCUGUCGCACACAGCUGCAUGUGGUGUUGGCCAUGAGUCCCAUCGGAGAUGCCUUCAGGAACCGCUUGAGACGUUUCCCGGCCCUCAUUAACUGCUGCACCAUUAACUGGUUCCAGGCUUGGCCCGAAGAUGCCCUGCAGGCGGUGGCCUGCCGCUUCCUGGAGGAUGUCGAGAUGACAGAUGAGUGCAGAGAAGGGUGCAUUGACAUGUGCAAGAGCUUCCACACUUCAACUAUUGAGCUGUCAGUCCGCUUUUUGGCUGAGUUACAGCGCCACAAUUAUGUCACUCCAACCUCGUACCUGGAGCUCAUUUCCACCUUCAAAGCCCUUCUAAAGACAAAAAGAGCUGAGGUAAUGAAUUUGAAACAUCGCUACGAGGUGGGGCUUGAGAAACUGGAGUCAGCAGCGAAUCAGGUGGCCACCAUGCAGGUUGAGCUGGAGGCUCUGCAGCCACAGCUGCUUGUGGCCAGCAAAGAGGUGGAUGAGAUGAUGGUGGUGAUAAAGCAUGAAUCUGUGGAGGUGGCUGAGACAGAGAAGGUGGUGAAAGUGGAUGAGGCGACAGCCAAUGACCAAGCCAUGGCUGCAAAGGCUAUUAAGGAUGAGUGUGAUGCUGACCUCGCUGAAGCCCUGCCUGUGCUGGAGUCAGCUCUGGCUGCUUUGAACACUCUCACUACUCAGGAUAUCACAGUGGUGAAGUCCAUGAAGAGCCCGCCUCCUGCUGUCAAGCUGGUGAUGGAGGCAAUCUGCAUUCUCAAAGGCCUCAAGCCAGAUCGUGUGCCAGACCCUUCCGGCUCUGGUAAAAAAGUGGAGGACUUCUGGGGCCCAGCUAAAAAGCUUCUGGGAGAUAUAAAAUUUCUCCAGAGCCUCAAAGAGUAUGACAAGGACAACAUCCCAUCAAAUCUCAUCAGCAUCAUCCGCAGCAAGUACAUCACUAAUCCAGACUUUGUACCGGAGAAGAUUCGAACUGCAUCCACUGCAGCUGAAGGCUUGUGCAAAUGGGUUUGUGCCAUGGACAAGUAUGACAAAGUGGCCAAGGUGGUGGCUCCAAAGAAGGAGAAGCUUGCACAAGCUGAAGGGGAGCUGAAGGUGGCCAUGGAGGGCCUGCAGAGAAAGCAAGCUGCCCUCAAAGACGUCCAAGAUAAACUCGCAAAGCUUCAGGAGACUUUGGAAGCCAAUAAAAACAAGAAAGCUGACCUGGAGAAUCAGGUGGAUCUGUGCAGUAAGAAGCUUGAGCGAGCAGAGCAGCUGAUUGGAGGCCUGGGUGGAGAGAAAACGCGCUGGAGCGAAAUGGCCCUCAAUCUCGGAGAGCUCUACAGAAAUCUGACGGGGGAUAUCCUUAUCUCAGCAGGCAUCGUAGCUUACCUGGGAGCCUUCACCUCCAGCUACAGACAGGAACAGACGAAGGAGUGGAUGGAUCUGUGUAAGACUAAGGGAAUCCCAUGUUCCCCCAGCAUGUCUCUGAUUACAUCACUGGGUGAUCCAGUAAAGAUCUGUGCAUGGACCAUCGCUGGCCUACCAUCAGACAGUUUCUCCAUAGAUAACGCCAUCAUCAUUGCUAAUGCCAGGCGGUGGCCUCUCAUGAUUGAUCCUCAAGGCCAGGCAAACAAGUGGGUGAAAAACAUGGAGAAGGCCAACAGCCUGCAUGUUAUUAAACUGACUGAUGCCGACUUUGUCCGCACUCUAGAGAACUGCAUCCAGUUUGGCACACCAGUGCUGCUGGAGAAUGUCGGCGAGGAGCUGGACCCCAUCCUGGAGCCUCUGCUGCUGAGACAGACUUUUAAACAGGGAGGUGCCAUGUGUAUCCGCCUGGGAGACUCUACAAUUGAAUAUGCCCCUGACUUUCGCUUCUACAUCACUACCAAGCUGCGCAACCCCCACUACCUGCCUGAGACUGCUGUCAAGGUGACCCUACUGAACUUCAUGAUCACCCCAGAGGGCAUCGAGGACCAGCUUCUGGGCAUCGUGGUGGCCCGAGAGAGGCCCGAUCUGGAGGAAGAGAAGCAGGCUCUCAUCCAGCAGGGAGCAGAGAACAAAAGACAAUUGAAGGAGAUUGAGGACAAAAUCCUGGAGGUGCUCUCUUCUUCUGAGGGCAAUAUUCUGGAGGAUGAGACGGCUGUCAACAUCCUCUCCUGCUCCAAGUUGCUGGCCAAUGAAAUCACAGAAAAGCAGGCUGUGGCUGAGGUGACGGAGCAGAAGAUUGAUGAGACCCGCAUGGGCUACACACCCAUCGCUGUGCAUUCAGCCAUCUUGUUCUUUUCCAUUGCUGACCUGGCUAAUAUUGAGCCCAUGUACCAGUACUCCCUCACCUGGUUUAUUAACCUCUUCAUCAGCUCCAUCGACAGCUCAGAAAAGAGUGAUGACCUGGAGCAGAGACUACAGAUCCUGAGAGACCACUUCACCUAUGCACUAUAUGUCAAUGUCUGUCGCUCGCUGUUUGAGAAGGACAAGCUGCUCUUUUCAUUCUGCCUCAGUGUCAAUCUGCUCAUGCACAACAAACUGGUGGAUGAGGGUGAGUGGCGCUUCCUUCUGACAGGUGGUGUUGGCCUGGACAACCCCCACUCUAAUCCCUGCACCUGGCUCCCCAAAAAGUCCUGGGAUGAAAUCUGCCGCCUGGAUAAGAUGGAGAGGUUCAUAGGUCUGCGCCACGACAUGGCUCGCCUCAGGAACGAGUGGAAGGAGGUCUACGACAGCCCAAACCCCCAUCUGACUCCCUUCCCUGAUGAGUGGAAGGAGAAGCUGAGCAAGUUCCAGAAGAUGCUGGUGAUUCGUUGUCUCAGACCAGACAAGGUUAUUCCCAUGGUACAGGAGUUUGUUUCUGACUCUUUGGGUCGUCCCUUCAUUGAAGCACCUCCCUUUAACCUGAGUAAGGCAUUCGCUGAUAGCCACUGCUGUGCCUCCCUCAUCUUCAUCCUCUCCCCCGGCUCAGACCCCAUGGCUGCGUUGCUCAAGUUUGGAGAUGAAAAGGGCUUCAGUGGUAACAAGCUGACGUCCCUCUCUCUGGGCCAAGGCCAGGGUCCUAUUGCUAUGAAAAUGAUUGAGAGUGGCAUAAAAGAAGGCACAUGGGUGGUUCUACAGAACUGCCACCUGGCCACUUCCUGGAUGUCGACACUGGAGAGAGUCUGUGAGGCACUGAACCCAGAAACUACCCACCCAGACUUCAGGCUGUGGCUGACCAGUUACCCUUGCCCCACCUUCCCUGUGGCGGUGCUUCAGAACGGGGUGAAGAUGACCAAUGAGGCUCCCAAGGGCCUUCGCUCAAACGUCACACGCUCCUUCUUGAUGGAUCCCAUCUCUGACCCAGGAUUUUUUGAGAGCUCCAGCAAACCGGUUGUUUUCAAGAAGCUCCUGUAUGGCCUGUGUUUCUUCCACGCCCUGACCCAGGAGAGAAGGAAGUUUGGACCUUUAGGGUGGAACAUUCCUUAUGAGUUCAAUGAGACUGACCUCCGGAUUUCUGUGCAGCAGCUGCACAUGUUCCUGGAACAGUCCCAGGAAGUGCCAUUUGAUGCCCUUCGCUACAUGACCGGUGAGUGCAACUACGGAGGGCGUGUGACAGACGACUGGGACAGACGGACACUGCGCACAAUUCUGUCCAUGUUCUACACUUCAAGGAUCAUUGAAGAGCCCGAGUAUAAGUUUGAUCCCAGUGGGCUCUACUAUGCACCAGCUGAAGGAGAUCACCACAGCUACAUAGAAUACACCAAGUCGUUGCCACUGAACCAGGCACCAGAGAUUUUUGGCCUGAACGCCAAUGCUGAUAUCACCAAGGAUCAGGCUGAGACACAGCUACUGUUUGACAGCAUCUUACUCACACAGUCCUGCUCCUCAAGCGGAGACGCCAAAUCCUCAGAUGACAUGGUGUUUGAUGUGGCAGCUGACAUCCUGAGUAAGCUGCCUGGAGACUUUGACUUGGAGGCAGUCAUGAGGCGCUUUCCCACCAGCUACAAUCAGAGCAUGAACACUGUGCUGGUGCAAGAAAUGGGCCGCUUUAACAACCUGCUCUGCACCAUCCGAGAAUCCUGCGUCAACAUUCAGAAGGCCAUUAAGGGUCUCGUCGUGAUGUCUGCAGACUUGGAGGAAGUGGUCAGCAGCAUCCUCAAGGGUCGCGUCCCGAGCCUGUGGUUAAAGAAGUCUUACCCCAGCCUCAAACCGCUGGGAAGCUACGUCAAUGACUUCCUAGAGCGACUCAUAUUUCUGCAGGACUGGUAUGAUCAGGGUAUGCCUGCUGUAUUCUGGAUAUCGGGAUUCUUCUUCACCCAGGCAUUCCUCACAGCCAGCCAGCAGAACUAUGCCAGGAAACAUGCCGUCCCUAUUGACCUGCUUGGCUUUGACUUCGAAGUGCUGGAUGACAGACAAUACAAACAGCCCCCAAAGGACGGUGUCUACGUCCGUGGACUCUUCCUCGACGGUGCCCGCUGGGACAGGAAGACCAAACUUCUUGCCGAGUCCUACCCAAAGGUCUUGCAUGAUCCGAUGCCUGUGAUGUGGUUGAAGCCCAUGAAGCGUCAGGAAAUCCCCCAGACCAUGUGUUACGUGGUGCCCGUGUACAAGACCAGCGAGCGGCGCGGCACGCUGUCCACCACGGGCCACUCCACCAACUAUGUCGUCGCCAUGACGCUCAACACCAGCGAGGCUGCUGAGCACUGGGUCAGACGAGGCGUGGCUCUGCUCUGCCAGCUCAGCUCUUAGAGCAAAGGUCACUAAUUGGCGGAUAGCGGUCAGUAACAGGGGCUUUCUAUUUAAUACAACUGACACUUUCUCUAGUGGAAAUUCAUUGUAAGCAGUGCAGCAGAAAUCUACACGAAACAUUUCUGAACUGUUGUCACAAUACUUGGAAUUGGGAUUAUUGUCUGUGACACUGUAUCUUAACAGAAAUCACCUAUCCAUGUGACAGUCAUGGUACAAUACAAUUCAUAAACAAAUGGCUCAUUCUCAGGCUUUGAGCUUCACUCAGUUUAUUUUUUAACAAUAAUAAAAUAUGCUGCAUCAAA